AACAGUCUGUGGUGAUUGCCGGUGCCUGAAGCAUUAAAAUGUGCUGGAAAUGUCCGUGAAUAUAUUCUCUUUUUCAUCUAAAUAUUACUUGACGUUUUUUUUCUUGUUCCUCCUUUAAAUGUGUCUUUUUGAGCUGAAAAAUAAAUGGUCAAUAGUGAGAUAUAUUUGUGCAACACACCUGAAGAUUUUCUUGGACUUUCCAUCGUCUUCAUUAAAAUAUUUGUGCAGUUUUGAGUGAAAUUUUUGGAGGAAAUGUCUGUGAUCUAUGAGUGAGAAAGUUGUUCUGUUUAUUCUCUCUGCCAGACAUCAAAAGUUGUGGGAAUAAUAUUAAAUUUCACUGCUUGUGUUAAAUAAAAAUGAAUCACACUGUGUGUUAACGAGAAAGACGUGGAAGUGCUAAAUAUCUCACAUUAGUAAUUCAAGACAAAAAAAAAUUAUAUAAAAUUGAUAAAAUAUUAUACAAAAUUCACUGUAUUGUGUAAUUUUUAUUAGUUGAAAAUUACUUCAACUUGAAUUUCUCUAUUAGCUAUUGUACACAUCAUAAUACAAAUGAAUUAUAAAACUUUUGUGGUUUGUAGUGAGCUUUAGACUUCGAAACGAAUCACUUUAAAAUAAAAAAAAAUCAAUCAAAAGCCCAAAGAAUGUGUCUUAGGCAAGAAGAAAUUGCUUAAUUUGAUAUCAAGGAGAAGAAAUGCAAGAGAAAAGAAGACAAAGAUGAUGAUGGUGGAGAGAGAAAGGGAGGAAAGAAUAUAGUUUAUAUAGGAAUGAUAUUAAACGGAAACUGUGCGUGAAAAUUGAUAUGGAAAAAUACAAUUUACAGACUCUCAUUUAGAUUUUUUUAUGACUAUUUUCCUCUUGCAAAUGCUUGUGUGCUAUUUGGUGUGUAAUAUAGUUUAGUUGUUGCUCUCCAAAGAGUAUGGAAAAAUAAAUAAAUAAAUACAAAGACGUAUGAGUGUUGGUGCAAUAAAAAAAGUUGAUGCUUUUUUUUGGGGGGAGAAAAUAAGUGAAGAAGAAGAAAGAAAAAAAAAGAUGUCAGUGCCACGAACUUCUUAUAGUGGACGUCUCAUGUCCGAACAUUAUUACUUCACAAUUCCAGAACUGGAACAGAUGGAUGAUUUGGCCAGUGAAGUGAAGAUGAUGAACAAGGCGAUGUCACAUGAAGCGGAAGCAACAGACAUGACAACAUUUGAUGAUCACGCGGAAGAGAAGCGUCGAUGGCAAGAAUAUUGGAGUUGUGAACAAAGUAUUAUUGGGGCUAGAGCUUCGGUGAUGGUGUAUGAUGAUAUGAAUAAAAAAUGGAUACCAUCGGGAAGUUCAUCGGGACUGAGCAAGGUGCAGAUUUAUCAUCAUCAACAGAACAACACAUUCCGUGUUGUUGGGCGUAAAUUGCAGGAUCACGAAGUUGUGAUCAAUUGCUCCAUACUAAAGGGGCUAAAAUACAAUCAAGCCACAACGACAUUUCAUCAGUGGCGUGAUUCCAAAUUUGUCUAUGGUCUCAAUUUUUCCAGUCAACAAGAUGCUGAGGCAUUCGCGAGGGCUAUGAUGCAUGCUCUUGAGGUGCUGAGUGGUCGCGUGAUUCCCACGACGGCACCACCCCAGCAGGGGGUUAAUAGUAAUACAGCAUAUGAGGAGGAUAUGGGCUACAGGACAAUGACACGCGAAGACGCUGCUAUAAUUCAGCAACAACAGCAAAUUGUGGGCCAACAAGGAGUUGCGCCCUCACCGCAGACACCAACAACACAAAUUCCACAGAGUCCACCGACACCUCAGGGACAUCACCGCACCAGCAGGUUAGACUCAUGUGCCCCACCGGCUCCACAACCACCCCCAAUGGCUCUGGCGCCACAGGGCUACAGUCAAGGUGUUGUGCAUCAGCCGCAGCAGGUGGCACAGGUGAAUCAGCAAAUGGUAACUGCCCAGGGGUAUCAGUCACAUGCGGCAUAUGCACAACAACAAAAUUCCUACGGAGCCUCAUCGAGUGUGGCGCAGCAGUUUAACCAGCAACCCAUCUAUGUGUCAUCGACGCCACAGCAGAUGCAUCACAUGCAGCAGCAGCACAACCAAAAUGGACCAAUUUACGUGUCAUCGCAGGGUGUCCCCGUGGCACCGGGUCUGCCAACGUCCGCAAGCACAACGAAUGUGUAUGGGCAGCAGCAGCAGCAACAGCAGCAAAUUCCAGGCGGUGGGUAUGGUCAGAGCAAUGGGCAGACUGUUGUGCAACCAAUUGGGGGAGGACAAGUGCCAAUACCACCUCAGAUGCCACCGCAAGCACCACCAAUGCCACCAGCAUUCGGCGGAGGUGGUGGCGGUGGGGGAAUCCCUCAGCCACCGGCAGCACCACCAGCUCCGGGUCCACCGCCACCACCUCCACCACCUGCCCAUGGCAGUGGAUCCGCAAAGAGUGACGGUAGUGGUCCACCAGGGGGUGGCAUGGAUAUGAGUACUCUGGCGGCACAGCUGCAAAAUGCCCGAUUGCGACGGAACCAGAAGACAACCCCACCACCAGCUGAGAAUAGUGGUAGUAGUACCAGUAGUGGGAGUAGUGGGAAUUACGGCACAAUUGGACGCACUACAACGGGUAUGGCGUCCAUGAUGGAUGAGAUGGCCAAGACGCUGGCACGGAGACGAGCACAGGCCGAAAGGAAAGAGCCGGACUCUGAUGACCUGAACUCGUCACGACGACCGUGGGAGAAGUCAAAUACGUUGCCACAUAAAUUAGGGAAUGCCGCUGGGGGUGGUAAUUCGUCAUCACCAAAUGCAAGUGGAGGGAGUGGCGUUGGAGCUGGUGGCCCAGAAUCCCCACGACCACAACGAAAGCGAUUCGGUAGCGCUUCUGAAGAGACAAUCCUAAAGCAAGUAAAUGGCGAUGGGCUCUCACUUCCUCUCACAGCAGAGCUGGAUAAUAUUAAGGCUGAAAUUCUUCGCGAAAUGAGAAUUGAAAUAAAUAAGGCGAAACAAGAGAUUAUAGAAGUAAUUAAAUCGGAAUUCAACCGAAGGUAAAAGAAAAAAUAUUUCAAAGAGGAUGAUGGAACUGGCGCUGAAUUCUACUAAAAAAAAAACAACAGAAACAUUGAUAUAAGUACGCGCGGAAAUUUUUAAGGUAAAUGUCACAAACAAUUUAUACUAGCUCUUCUCCAUUCUAUCGCUGUAUUUAAAACAAGAAAAAAAAGUAAGUGAAUGUAUUAAAAAAUA